GAGCCCUAUAAAACCCCAUUAACGCAACGCACAGGACCCUUGCGUCUAUCACCACCUCUCCUCGAGCCACACCCACACACACUCCUCCUUCACUACACGUUCUAGCUAGAUCCCCUUUCCCAAGAUGGGCAGCAGCCGUGCAAGCACCACCAUGGCCCUGCUCCUGCUAGUUCUAGGAGCAAUCGUGAGCGUGUCCCAAGGGCAGCUCCAGGUGGGGUUCUACUCCAGCUCCUGCCCCGGCGCCGAGUCCACGGUGGCCUCCGCCGUCCGGUCCGCCUCGGCCUCCGACUCCACCAUCCUCCCCGCGCUCCUCCGCCUCCAGUUCCACGACUGCUUCGUCAGGGGGUGUGACGCGUCGGUGCUGAUCAAGGGAGGGAACAACAACGCGGAGGUGGACAACGGGAAGCACCAGGGGCUGCGUGGGCUGGACGUGAUCGACAGCGCCAAGGCCCAGCUCGAGUCCCAGUGCCCCGGCGUCGUCUCCUGCGCCGACAUCGUCGUCCUCGCCGCCCGUGACGCCGUCGCCUUCACGGGCGGCCCGUCGUUCGACGUGCCGACGGGCCGGCGCGACAGCAAGGUGUCGAACCUGCGCGACGCCGACGUGCUCCCAGACGUCAAGGACUCCGCCCAGGUCCUCCGCUCCAAGUUCGCCGCCGCCGGCCUCGACCACAAGGACCUCGUCCUCCUGAGCGCGGCGCACACGGUGGGCACGACGGCAUGCUUCUUCAUCCAGGACAGGCUCUACAACACCCCGCUCCCGGGCGGCGGGCGGGGCUCGGACCCAUCCAUCCCUGACGCCUUCCUCUCCGAGCUCAAGUCCCGGUGUGCGCCGGGGGACUUCAACACGCGCUUGGCAUUGGACCGGGGCAGCGAGAGGGUGUUCGACACGUCCAUCCUCCGCAACAUCCGCAAUGGCUACGCCGUGAUCGCCUCCGACGCGGCCCUCUACAACGACACGGCCACCGUCGACGUCGUCGACUCCUACUCGGGCCUCCUCAGCGCCGUCUUCGGCCCAUAUUUCCGGCCCGACUUCGCGGAUGCCAUGGUCAAGAUGGGCAGCAUCGGGGUGCUCACGGGGUCCCAGGGGGAGGUCCGGAAGCUCUGCUCCAAGUUUAACUGAUGAUACCCAGAUCGAACGGAAGAUUAUUCAGACUUCGGAGAUCCGCGAAGAAUUGUUCAUCCUUCAUUGCGCUGCCGGAUUAAUGGUUGGCUAGCUGGAGAUAGAUCGCUCCAAAAAGCAGACUCUAGCUAUAUAGCUGGCCCGUGCAUAUGCAUCUCGUGCAUGGUUUCAUGGGCAUGCAUUUCGUCCUUGGAUUAUUUAAUUGUGUACAUGUGGGAAGAAAAAGAAGAGAGAUCGAGGGGGGAGAGUUAGUGUAUUCAUGUGAUUCAUGGGAAAUGGUUUUAGGAUCUGUGCAGUUUCUCUUUUUUGCAGUGGUGAUAUUCCAAAUCGAAGAUACUAGUAGUAUAUUUUUGUUUUUUUAUGUUUAUAUGUACACACACAUUAUGUGCACUUAUGCGGACGUGUUAUUAUUUUGUUCUUGGGCAAUGGUUCCUUUAAUUUAUUUAACGUCCGAGUGCUGCAACUGUAAA